AAAUGUACGAAGUGAAUCCAAAAAUAUGAAGUGGCAACAUUGACGUAAACAAGUUGUGAUGAUACUGAAGAAUUUCGCUCUGGGAACGACAACUUUGAAAAACGCAAGUAACAAUGAUAAGUCAUCAUGGGUGUGGACAAGGUAGCAAUCACAACUUCAGAAGGAACUUGGGAGCUGCCCCUGGCAGCCGUAUUUUGUAUUGCCAUAGCUGUUUAUGUUCUUCUUAUAAUUAUUGGGCUCAGCAUAAGGCAAUGUUUACUGAAGAAAGGUGUGUGUGGGGGAGGCUGCCCCCAUAUUCCUUGCUGUAACUGUGCUGAAAUGGGCUUACGAUGCGCCCAAGCCUGUUCUUGCUGUGGACCAAAGCCUUCAUGUUCUAUGUUGUUAGACUGCUGUUGCCCAGGAAGUCAGGAAUGCAAUUGCCUUCACCCAGAGGCAUGUGGACCUUGUCCAAAUUAUUCAGAGUGUACAUCCUGCACAAAUUGCUGUGAGAAUCCUUGCAUAGACUGCAACAACUGCUAUAACUGGUGUUCCUCCCCUUCUGCCUGUGCUCCAGGACCUUUGUGCGACUGUAGUAGUUGUACUUGCAGUUGCACAACACCAGAGUGCUCCACAAUAAAUUGUCUUUGUUGUGAGAUAACUAUUAAAGGUCGUGGACCACAGGGCGACACUUAAUAUAGGCUUGUGAAACCAAGAAAUUUAACGGUCUUUAACCCGUGAAUUUAGUUCAAUAUUUCCAGCGAACACAAUGGUGCUAACACAAUUGCCUGACGGCGGGUCUCAGGCCACUAUGAAUACAGCCCGGGAGGGAUUAAGAAUUAAGUUUGUGAUCAAUGAAAGUUUCCUCUGCAAUAUACUUUAGUAUAUUUUUUGUGUCUACUAGUCAUUAUUUUUAAUUGUUAUUUUGGAGCAUAAUUUCAUAACAAUUCAUAUGCAUGAAAGGAAAUAUUGCUGAAACAUACAUAUCAAUGUACCUGUUAUUCCAUCCAGUAUGUAAAUAUCUGGAGUUUACUAUUUUUGUAAAAGUACAAAUUGAGAUUUAAUUCUUAACAUGUUUUGUGUAUGAAUUAUAUUAUCAAUUAAAGUAGUGAAAACUGUGUCCUAAACUACUAAUACCUCAAGACUAAAGUCUGUGUCGAAUAAAAUAUUUUGCUUUUUAC